AUGGGUGCGCAACCGAACCCAAGGGACUCAAUGAAGUCCACCUGGCGUCAAGGCGACAGGACAGAGUGGACGCCCUACCACUGGCUGCUCGAGCUGCUCAACACAUACCAUGUCGACCUCGACAAGCCAGUCCCAGUUCACGCAAAAUCCGACAAGGUACCUGUCCUUCCCCAGUGGUCACAGCACCUUUGGGUCAUUGUCUUCUCUCUUGUUCCUCUUCUUCUCCACCAGGCCUGGCUCUCCUAUACCGGCUACAACGCCAUGGGGCGGGUCGCCGUCUUCAUGCUGUAUUUCAUGGCCUUUAACUUAACUAUUAUCCAUGAAGUCCACAUUCUUCGGCGACUGGGCCACAGGUACGGGUUUCUUGAUGGAGACGUUCAUGAGCGCGAUGGGGUCCCAGACGUUGGCGUGGCCAAGGUGGCGUUGUCCCUCCUCAAGACUACCGGCUCUCGCAUUGCCCUGGCGAUAUACCUCUCUUACGAACCGAGUCAGCCUCCGAUGGCUGUCUUGACAUCUUGGAAAUGGUGGAUGUGGCUCCAGUUGGAAACAGGCCUCUACGCUGUCGUUCUCGACUUUUGGUUCUACUGGUACCACCGCGCCAUGCAUGACGUGGGGUAUCUCUGGAAGUUUCACCGCACCCAUCACCUUACAAAGCACCCAAACCCCCUUCUCACCGCCUAUGCCGAUCAUGAGCAGGAGUUCUUCGAUAUGGUAGCGGUCCCCCUCAUGACAUACAUCACGCUUCGCGCCUUCGGAUUGCCGCUGGGAUUCUAUGAAUGGUGGGUAUGCCACCAAUACGUUGCAUAUACGGAGGUCUGGGGGCAUAGCGGCAUUCGUGUUCUUCUCAGCCCACCCUCGACACUGCACUGGCUUCUUAACAUGUUCAACGUCGAGCUCGUUAUCGAAGACCACGACCUGCAUCAUCGCAAGGGAUGGAGAAAAACCUACAACUACGGCAAGCAAACUCGUCUUUGGGAUCGAAUCUUCGGGACUUGUUGCGAGCGAAUUGAGUCGAUCAACACCAAUAUCGACUACGUCAAUGAGGCGCAUGUUCCACUUCUAUAG